AUGGCAGAGUCUGGUGAUCUGCAUGAAGAUCAGUUCCGUUGCUCUAUAUGUCUGGAUCUACUAAAGGAUCCUGUCACUGUUAACUGUGGACACAGUUACUGUAUGACCUGUAUCAAAGGGUGUUGGGAUCAGGAAGAUCAUGCUGGUGUCUACAGCUGUCCUCAGUGCAGACAGACCUUCAGCCAAAGACCUGUUCUGGGAAGAAACACCAUGCUGGCUGAAGUGGUGGAGAAACUGAAGAAGGCAGAACUCCCACCUGCUCCUGUUGAUCACUGUUAUGCUGGACCUGGAGAUGUGAUUUGUGAUGUCUGCACUGGGAGGAAGAACAAAGCCAUCAAGUCUUGUCUGGUGUGUCUUGCGAAUUACUGUGAGACCCACCUCAAAAUUCAUAAGGGGCAUCGACACAAAAUGGUCAAUUCGAUUGGAAAACUCCAGGAAAAGAUCUGUUCACGUCACAAAAAAUUGCUGGAAUUUUAUUGUUGUACUGAUCAGCAGUGUAUCUGUUACCUGUGUAGAAUAGUUGACCACCGAGGCCACGAUACAGUCUCAGUAGGUGCAGCAAGGACGGAGAAACAGACAGGACUCCAGCAGAGAAUACAGCAGCGAGAGAAGGAGGUGCAGGAGCUGAGAGAGGCUGUGGAAUCACUCACAGUGAGUAUGGAGCAGAGGAGAAGACAACAGCUGGCUGCUGGAAGAGCCAUUUGAGGGCUCAGUCAGGGCUCUCCUCCAGUCCCACAGUGAGGAGACCAGAGUCAAAGUGUCUUUCU